CUAACCUUGAUUACUCAGCCGUAGUGGAGCACUGACGUUUCGAUGUGCAAGUAGUGAAAAUGAUACCGCUCUUGGGAUUAUACACUGGUAGUUGUGGAUAAUGAUUAAAUAUGAGCAAUGUAAAAGUAGCUGUCCGUGUUCGUCCACUUAGUCAACGGGAAAAGGAUGGGAACGGGAAAUCCAUCGUGGAGGUCCAUGGGGACAGCCUCAGCAUCCUCAAUGCGAAGGUGGAUCAAUCUUCUGAUUACGGAGACAGUCGGGAGAAAGUCAAACAUUUUACAUUUGACUACUGUUAUGACUCCAGUGGUGCCCCCCAGACCCCAGGCUAUGCCUCACAGCAGUUGGUGUUCCAAGACCUGGGGACAGAGAUUCUACAGGCCGCCUUUGAGGGCUACAAUGCCUGUCUGUUUGCUUAUGGACAGACUUCAACAGGGAAGACUUACACAAUGAUGGGGGCCAGGGAUGACUUCGGAAUUAUUCCAAGAAUAUGUGAGGGCCUAUUCAGCCACGUGGAUGAUUGUCUGAGCGAAAAUGUUACAUUCAGAGUCGAUAUCAGUUAUCUUGAGAUCUAUAACGAGAGGGUGAAAGAUUUGCUGAGGCCUUCUUUGUACAAAGCUAAAGAAAAAUUUACACUCAAAGUCAGGGAACACCCCAAAGAAGGACCAUACGUACAAGACCUAUCUUCACACUGUGUUAAAGACAAUUCUGAAAUUCAGGAACUUUUAGACAGAGGCAAUGAGAGCAGGACCACUGCCUCGACAUACAUGCAUGACCGUAGCAGUAGAAGUCAUGCUAUUGUCACCAUUAGUUUUACUCAGGCUAAAUUAGAAGAGGACUUACCUCAUGAAGUAGUUAGUAAAAUUCACCUGGUUGACUUGGCCGGCAGUGAGAGAGCCGACCCAAACUUUAGCGAUAAUUACAAAGGCAGGCUAAAGGAGGGAGCGAAUAUUAACAGAUCCCUGGUGACUUUAGGCAAUGUCAUCAAGGCGUUAGCUGAGCGCUCCCUCCUAUCCUGGAGUGCAGACAACCUGGGAUCCACCCAGAGCUUUCUAAGCGCCGCCGACACCAGUCCCAAGCGGCUUCGUCUUCCUUACAUACCGUACCGAGAUUCUGUACUCACGUGGCUUCUAAAAGACAGCCUCGGGGGCAACUCCAAGACCAUCAUGAUCGCUACCAUCACCCCAGCCAAUCUGUACUACAGUGAAACCAUUAGUACUCUGAGAUAUGCUCAGCGAGCCAAGAGCAUCAUCAAUAAACCAAAGAUCAACGAGGAUUGUCUGCCCUUUGUUCUAUGUGAUCCCAAUGUGAGUCUUAUUCGGGAACUACGACAGGAGAUCGGCAGACUACGGGAUCUACUCAAGUCCGCUCAGAUGGGUGGCUCCCAGAUGUCAGAAUUAAACAUGCUUGUUCAGAUGCAUGACAUGAUGACAGAAACUCAAAAGGGUAAUCCCCAACAGGUGUCAUCUGCGGCAGGCUCAGCUCUGGCGGAGAAGUUACUGGAUCAUGAAAACAUGGCCAAGAUGUUGACUCAGACCUGGCAAAACAAGUGGACAGAGACUCACGACAUCAUAAAGGAGUCUGACCUGAGUAUCCGUGGACUCAAACACUCGAGCUCAAUGGGAGUGAUGAUCGAGUCUCAGAUGCCCCACUUAGUGGGCAUGGAUGAUGACAUUCUCAGUACUGGGGUCACCAUCUAUCAUCUCAAGGAUGGGAAAACAUUAGUUGGAAAGGCAGAUGCAGGGAGACCUCAGGACAUAGUUUUACGGGGCCCGGCUGUGAAGGAGGAGCACUGUUUCUUUAAGACAUUGUACGGUACGGUGACCAUGCAUCCUAACCGCGGGGCUCAGUGUACAGUCAACGGGGUGGAGUGUAAGGAACCAGUGAUCCUCAAACAAGGUGACUGGGUAUUGCUUGGAAAGACAAACAUGUUCCGAUUUAACAACCCUGCUGAGGCUGCAAAACUACGGGAACGGCGACAGAGUGUGAACAGUUCCAGAGAUGAGCUGUCCUAUGAAGGCAGUAUGGAAAGUUUGGACCCGGACGAGAGUGACCCUUACUCCUACUACAACAGGCGACCUUUCCACCCCCUCUAUGGACCAAACUAUGCCUCUCCUGAGAUCUGUCUUCAGCUAGAGCGACAGUACAGGAAUGAAUCGGAGAGAAUUAAUCAAGCAAAGAAAGAAUUGGAGAAGCUGAGAGAUGACCACCAGAGAGCCGAGGAACUGAGGAGGGAGAGAGAGGAGGAGCUAUGGAGGAUCCAUGAGGAGCAUCGAGCUGAGAUACAGCAAGAAAAGGAGAAAGUCCUGAGAAUGAAGGAGGAGACUCAGGCUCAGCGAGAUAAGGCAGAGGCUGAAAUUGAGUACGCUCACGAGUGUCUACAAAAGGAAAGGGAGGCCUUCAAUGAGAAACUACAGAGAGAGCUUAAAGGACUUCAGACACCAGGGCCUGUGUCGGGAGUGGUCACUCAGACUGAUCUUGAGACCCCCCAGCAUAUUAAGGAGGUCAUCAACAGCUGUAAGCAAUCGGGGUGGGGGCGUGUCAAGGAUCUCCUCCACGGAGAGCUGUUGUCCAAGCUCCACCACCGAGAGGCUGAGGAACGUCUGAGGAAGCAGUCGGUGGACUUGGAGGAGCAGUACGCGAUGUCACAGCGGGAGAUACAGCAACAGCUGGGCAAGAUCAAAGAGACGGAGCAGGAGUACAAGUCAGAGGACGCUGAGCAUUACCAGGAGAUGGCCAGCAAGAUGAAGGAGAUAGACAACCUGGUGGAGCGCGAGGAGCAGCUAGAGCUGUACAUUGAGGAGAAACAGGACCUUCUGAUGGUAGGAGUGGACCAGCCUCACCCGCUACGCUCUGCCUGCAGUGAGGAGGUCCUCACUGUCCUCAGUCCUCCCGACCGAGGAUUCCCCACCAGGACCUCAAGCCUCAUGGCUCUACCCCGGGGCAGUGAGGGAGACCUUCCCUCCUGCUCUAACAGACUUUCGACGAUGCUGUUUGAUCGGUCCAUGGAGGAGUCCAGUAAUUCUCUGUUUGAAGGAAGUGAGGCCAGUGUCGACUUGUCUUCUAGUGUAGACGAGGGAAGUGAUAAUAGUCAAAGGAAACUCAAUGCCAAAAGUGAAAAAUUAGUGAAAACAGCCAAGACUGUUACAGACAGGCUGUAUAAAGCCCCAGAGCCAAAAUUCAAAUAUCAACCUAAAUCAAGAAGUUUGCCAAGGAGUUCUGGUGCUACAUAUGACUCAAGUGUAAGAAACAGGGAUAGAAGGUCCCCUAUCUCACCUGCCCGGGAGUCUCCCUCUCGAGGAACAUCAUCAAGGGUUUCCCCAGGCAGAGCAAAGUCUGAUUCUCCAAGAUCUACCCCAAGAACAACCCCUUCACCCAGACAGACCCCAGAGAGGCAGUUAGAUGGAAAUAAACAGAGCAGGAAAAACAAAAGAACUGAUAAAGAUAGGAAAACCAGUGAUGAGAAAACAAGUGCCAAUACUGCCAAAAAUUCAGGAAAAACUGCAAAUGUGGAUAGGGAUACUUCUGGGAAUACAAAAGGUGCUUUGUCUAGAAGCAGUCUCUCUGCGGGAGAUUUAGCUGGAAUCAGAGGCAGGAGACAGUCUCCUACUGGUAGUCAUGGCGAUAUUAGUGACAGAAAAUUGUCACCUUCUGCUAGAAAGAGAGAUUCUGAUAAAAAGUCACUCAGUCCGAAUCCUGAUAGUCGAAAGUUUGUUCCCAGAUUACGUCACAUUACCAGUGCUUCCUCCCUGGCCAAUGUACCUGAGGCCAUCGCUGAGGAGGCGGAGCCAGCAGAACCAGAACAGAAAAGCACCAGUCAAGUGGUGGUAAAGAGGAGAAAGAAGCGUCCUCAAGUUGACGGGGAUGAGUUCCGCCGACAUUCUGAGCCCUUGGGAGAGGAGCUAGCAGAGGCAUUUGACAAGUACACUCAAGACUUUGAACAAAUGGAAUGGCAGAGAACAGGUAGUACAAACUUGGAAGCAAGAGGAAAUAUCCUCAAUUGGAGUGGUUCAUUUCCUCCAGAUGUACCUUACGGUAUUCAAGGGUCAACUUCCAGUGAUGAUGUUGAAUAUCAAAGAGAGGGUAAUGUUGAUUCUGAAAAUGGUGUUCAAAAUAAGGUUGUGCCAACAAUUCAUGUUCAGGAAUAUGACAGUCUGGAUGAGCAUCGGCUUAGCCGAGAGCCCAGUGUGUAUUCUGAAACAGGGUCCACAGUAUCAACAGUGUCUGAUCCAUCCACCGUUGUGGAGACAGAAUUGGAUGAUUCUGAGCAAGUUGUGUUCAUGGAAGGAGUGGAGACACUCUCUGAUGAAGAGGAUCAGCCAUGGCAGAGAGACCAGGGACAGUCAUCAGAACUACAGACACCUGGAUCCAAGAGGGACCAUGAUGUAGACAGUGAUAACUCACAGACUGUGCUAGUGAAAGUGGCCAGAAAAGAUAAAGAUAAUGAUAUUAAUGCCAAACUAUCGGACAUUCUGACUACCUCGCAACUUCCUGGUGGUCAUGUGCCUGGGAAGGGUUCCUCGGACACUGUCUCUUUGUCAUCCGAUUCUUUGGAUGACAAUAAAUCCAUCGACUCUCUAGAAUGUCCAGAACAAAGAAUGGAGGGUCUUAAUGAUGAGGACAGCUUGGAUGAUUCAUUAGAUGAAUCCGAUCCGCAGAAAAGUGAUACCAUGACUUCACAAACAAGUGUGAUGUUUCAGAGUGACAGUACUUCAACUGAACUUUUGACCUCUUGUGAUGGCCUUGACAUGCCUGAUGACCUUGCAUCAUCAGGGAGAAGUGAGCAAAAUAUUCCUCCUCUGAGUGAUCAAUCACCUCUCACAAAACAGGAAAGUGAAACUGUGACUUCAGCUGGAACUAAUGAGUAUGAUGUUCCUCAGUAUACUGAGUGUUCCAAAGAUGCAACAGAAGCCGUCUGUUUAAAUGACAGUGAUCCAAUAAACAUGGAGAAUGUGGACUCAUUAUCCAGGAACGAUGUUCAGACUCAGGAUAUUUCUCCAUCUGAAGAAGACCACAAAACAAAUAAAACUAAAGCUCAUAUUUCAUCCUCAGAAACAAACGAAAUGCAUAAUUCACAGCCAGCUACACCUUUAGAUUAUCAUUGUGCUCCUUCUUCCUCAUCUGAAACAAGUGCUACUGUAACCAAUUUAAACAUAUCAAAUCCACAGGACAUAUCAUCUACAGAGAACAAAGUUCCUACCUCUCUAAGAGACCUGGAAGUCCCAUCAUCUCAAGAUAAAGAUUCUCAUUCCAACCCAGAUUAUUCCAUGGAAGUGGGACCAAAUGAGGCAUUAACACAGAGUGAACAAACCACAGCAGGUACACAUUCCACAGACACAGGACCAACAGUGAUGGACACUCAUGCACUUACAGAAUAUCCUAAAAAACAAACAAGCCAGGACAUUGAGGGCCAAGAUAAAGUCUCAGAGAGCUCUCCACAGACAGAAACAGAACAUCCUCACCCUGUACCACAGGAAGAAGGCUCUAUUAAAGAUAGUCAGGGAACUGGGGUUGUAUCAGAUUCUCCAAAGAAAAGUCAAAUUGCUUCUGUCUCAACACAAGUUGAUACAGACUCAGAAUUUAAAACAUCAGGGACAGCUGACAAGUCUUGUGAUGGUACUCCAAUAGAACUCACUGAUAGAGCCUCUCAAGUGAAUAUUACAGAGCCAUCAGCUAGCCAAGAUAAAGUCUCAAAAAGCUUUUCACAGACAGAAACAGAUCAUUCUCACCCAGUACCACAGAAAGAAGGCUCUAUUAUAGAUAGUCAGGGAACUGGCAUCAUAUCAGAUUCUCCAAAGAAAAGUCAAAUUGCUUCUGUCCCAACACAAGUUGAUACAGACUCUGACUUUAAAACUUCAGAGACAGCUGACAAGUCGUGUGAUGGUACUUCAGUAGAACUCAUGGAUAGAGCCUCUCAAGUGAACAUUACAGAGCCAUCAGCCAGGGACACUUCAAUGGUUACUGGUGUAGCUAUACAGACUGAGGCAUUGUUUUAUCCAAUCACUGAUGAGACAAUGGAGAAAGGCAUUAAACCAGAAAAUGCUGAACAAGAAGCUAUGGAAGGUGCAGCAUUGGUCACUGAAUCAAAAGUACCAGAAAAUGGGGCCAGUUCAUUCCUUAAUGAGUCAAUUUUGGAGGACGAGCCAUCCAAGACAGUAGGAGUGUGUACCAGUCCCUCCCUCCUGUGUUCUCAUGAAGAUGUCCAAAGCUGUUCUAAUGACAGCCUACAGGAAGUGAAGGAGCAGCUGCAGGAGUUACAGGAAGUCCUAGAGGGUCACAUAGGAAUCCCAGCUAGGGGAGCCUACACUGUGUCUCCUCAGCUGUCGUCUGCUAGGAGGGCGGUCAGACAGAGAGCCAUGAUCCAGAGAAAUGGCCGCCUGGAGAGUGGGGAGUCGGAUGGCACCGAUCACCUUGCAGAAACAGCAGAGCCCACAGGUUCCCAGUCUAAGUCUUGCUCCAGACCAACCUCGGGAUCCCGCCGACGAAAAAGGGCCAACCUAAAACCCUACAAGAAAUCUGGGAAGUGUCCAUAUUGUCAAAGCUCAGAGGAAUACCAGCUGACCACUGAGAGCGAGAGCCUGCACUCAGACACAGCUGACAUCAGCAAAGGGGAGGAGCUAAGUCAACCAGACCUGUCAUCUGAUGGAGAAAAUACCCAUGAUGUAGCAGCAGAAGAUGGUGAUAAUGGAAUAGGACAUUGUGACAAUGAAAAUCAUAGAGAAAAGUGCUCCAGCAGACAUUGUCCAGAAAAUUCAGAGAAAUCUAUUCCUAAAAGUGGAUCAGAAGGCAGUCUGAAUUCGGAAGUGGAGAAAUACUGUUCGGUGUUACAAGAGCUAGAUGACAAGGAGCAAAACGCAUCAGGAGAUAAUCUAGAAACCAGUAUGUCGACCAAUCACAGACCACAGGAUGGGACUGCCCGGCGCCCACAGAAACUUAGAAGUGACAUGAACUCAGUGGACUCUUCCUAUGGAUCAGUGGGUAAGCCAGGAUCAAGGGCCACCUCAGAGACCAGAGACAGUGAGCAGCAGACAGACCUUUCCUCUGUAGACAGUCCUCUGAUGUCUCCCAUGUCUUCCCUUCAUUCCUCACUCCGCUCCCCAAGACCAGGGAUCCACCAACUCAACAUCUCCCCGGUCAGUGUAUGGAGCUCAGACAAGAGUUCUUCCUCUCCCAGGAAGGCUCGGGCAUCAGGGGGGCUCAACACACCGACCGGCCGGAGAACUCCAAGAAAACACAAAACAUCCAGUACACUGGAGAUGGCUUGCACUGAUGUCUGGUCCACUGAAACGGUGGACCCUAGUUCUCCUCCUCCUUAUGCUAGUGGUACGCUGGAUUCGGAUGUUUCGUCAGAGGAGGAUAACUGUUAUUCACUGGAGACGGAGACAGUGUCACCUCAGUCUCCAACAUCGUCCGACAGAUUCUUUGAUCACGGAAGUUUUAUACUGGAUAGUCCUCCAAGUGGUCGAGCUGUACCCAUUCAGUCACCUGUCAGAUACGAGGUGACUGUGAAGGAAGAAGAAACAAAUGUGUUCUAUAAUGUCAACAAGGUGGAAUAUAAAACUUACGGUUUGAAUUCACCCACUCUUUCCACUACAAUUCCUGAAACUAUUAACAUCAGUGUGACAAACACAGACACUCAGAGAACAGAAAACCAUGAUGAACAUGUGAGCCAUGAAAAUGUUGUGUUCAGUCGAACUGAUACAGAAUCUCCCACUCAUGUUAUUGUGUCAGGAAGGAACUACCAUGGAUCCUCUAAUGUGAGCAAUGAAGAUGGACAUCAUGUGGAGAAUCAGACUCAGAAUGAAUAUGGAAACAGUUAUGUGGAGGAGAUGAGGUCUCCACUCAAUGUACAGUUAUCAGAGGAUCCUCGGGGUCUAAAAUCAUUGACUUCACCCACUGAGUCGGACUGCACCUCUGAUUAUGGAACUAUGAUCGGUGAUGGGAGAAGAGGAAACACAUCCUUCAUGUCUGACUCGGCGGAUGACUUGGAUUCUCUUCCAGGAGGAAGACUGUCUAGUAAGAGCACAUCAACACCAAGGUCAAAGGUAACUGAGUAUAAUCCUGUUGGGGAGCAGACAGUCCUUCAUCCAGAACAUGAGGGUUUAGAAAGCAUCCAACCUGCAGGACAGAAUUUACAUGCAGUCAGCCCCCCACCCAGAAGAAUGGGUAGAACCCGGUGCACUGAGAGCUCACCUCCCUCAGAAAUGUCCUCCAUUGCUGUCCAACCCUCCAGUGCAAUGGAUAUUCUUAGGAACCUGAUUGAGAACCCUAUCAGCACAAGGGAUGAUGCUGACCAUUCUGACGAAUACGACCCUGACAGGAAGUACUUUGUGGAGGAAAUCUGUGAUGAGGUUCACUCCAGCUCCAGUUCCUCUUACACAACGCCUCAGCAAUCACCUCGACCGGAGGAGGCAGAGAAAGCCAAGAUAUCCACUGAACCUCGAGCAGAUUCUGAGAAAACUGACAAACUUCCAUUAGAAGCUGUACUCAAGAACUUACAAAUGGUUACUGUUAACACAGAGUCUUUAGAGCCUAAGACAGCCAACAAAAAGCAAACAAAAGAUGAUGGCAAUCUUCACAGGGAAUUGAAGCGAGAACUUCAGCAAAAGCUUGCAAGUCUUCAACGUAGAGUUAGGAGUCUUAGUGAUUCAGCUAUUAGCUCUGAUUAUCACACUGAUGGAGACUCGACAACGGUCUCUCCUAGAAGCAGUAGAUUGUACGAGUCGGAUAAAAUCUUUAGAUUUGGUGCAGAAAGCCUAGCACCAGUGGAAGUGAGGACAAGUCAGACUGAGGCGCCACAGGUACCAGCUGAGGUCCUCGAUGCAAAGAACCUGGAGAUCGAAAAUAAAAGUGCAAGGAAAUCCCCAUUCAAAGACUCCGGAAAUGUGUUUGAUGAUGAAGAGAGCUCAGAUCAAGGUAAAAUGGGAGGUAAAAACGAAAAUGUGUCAAAAACAGAAAAAUCUGAUCAAGAAGUGAGUGAUUUGAUGAACAAACAGAGUCAGCAGCGGUCAAAGGUUCCUAUUGAAGUGACUUCUUCCUCUGAAGAAUCUGACUCUGAUGUGAGGGGGGAAACAAACAGCGAUAGAUCACUUUCUCCUGGAGAAAUCCUUAUUGAUGAAUAUGAUGCAACAGAACAGCAAGAAACAGAAGAAGCAGAUGAGGAGCAAAAAAUUAUUGAAGCAGACGAAGAGCAUAGACGUCGAUAUAAAAAUAUAAAAGAAAAGUCACCAUCAAUGUCAAAUGUAGUGACUGAAAAUUAUGAAGAGAUCAGAAGGUCUAUGUCUGAAACAUGCAUGGAUCAGUUUGAGGAAACAAAAGAAGACAAUGCCAACAGUUCUAACGAUAGCAUUGUGUUUGUAUUUAUGGGGCAAUCCCACAGUAAAGACAGCAUGGAACAGCUCAAGUCCUUCACAUCCAAACAACCAGAGUACAACAUUCUCAGCAGCAAUGAAGUGUUGGAGGACUCUGGUGAUGACAGUGAUGAAGAUGACAGAAGCUCUAACAGAGACUCCAUCAUACAGAAUGAAGAUGCUGCUGAAGUUAGGGAAUCCUACCGGAGAAGACAUAGGAGUCACACAGACAUUGAUGAUGAUGACAAGCCACUCAGACACAAAUUUGGAAUAGAUGAGAAUAUUCUUCCCAUUCCCACUCGCUCCAUGUCAUCAGACAACUUGCCAAAACAGAGCCUGAGCAAGCACAAGAUUCACAGGUCGAGGUCGGCCAGCUUGUUAGAGGUCAACUCCAAGAUAGAGGUGGCUGACGACUCCAGCAACAAUGAGGGGAUAUUCCCUCCCUGUGUGGAGACCAGCGAGAGGGAGUCACAGAAUAUGUCUGAGGCCAGGGACAGUACCUCAGCAGAGAUUGGGGACAGUGACUUCUCCCUCACAGAGCUGGACACCCCCAGGGUUGGAGAGGGUGUCUGUGAGGACAUGCAGUACUCCAGAUUCCCCCACCCCCAUGAUCACCCUCAUGAUACUCAUCAGCAUACAGACCACAGCUCCACUGAGAAGUCCAGGAAUAAAGAGGGAGCUGAUCAGGUGGAGGAGUCUCCACGUACUCAGGCUAAAGGUCACAAAGUCCUGCCAUCUUUAGUUUCCCCAUAUAGAGGUAAAAGCACAGAGGAUUUGUCACGAAAUAAACCACCAGAAUUACAUCUCUCUAAGGAAACAGAAAACUGGCAGAACAUGUCAUCUAUGGUUAUUGAAAACAAUGCACUUCUUCAGAACCUUCAACAGAAAUUUCCAGGGGAAUAUCGAUGCAAAUCUGAGGACCUGGCUACAAGCAGAGAUGACACAACUCAGACUUCAGACUCGCUCCAGAACCUCGAGGACUCGAGCACACAGACUGAUGUCAGCUUCUCUGCCUUUGAAAUUUCUGAAACAGAGACCACUAACAUCCUUCCAGGAAACACAGCAGAAGGGGAUGAAAAUAUCAUCACAAAGAAGCUGGUGCCUGUAAAAGAAACAGUGAACUUUUUUGAUAGACUAAGCAGGGAGCCAUCACCUGUGAAACAGAAUAACUCAGAGGCAAGCUCUCAGAAGCAGAAAGAUCAACCAAAGAAAGAGAAGCCAGAUGUAUCAGCUACUGACAAAAGAGAAUUGGAAUCUGAGUACAGCUAUCCUAAUCUGAAUGCAAGCAACAGUGAGAUGGAGAAACUGAAAGAGGAGCAUGAAAAAAUGAUGGAGAAGUUCAGAGCAGCUGCCGAAAACAGAAAAAGAAUGACAGAGAAACUAAGACAAGAGGCAAAGGCUCCAGUUCAUGAAGAGUUUGUAGCAAAAGAGGCUAACAGACAACAGAGCUUCCCACAUGAUAUAAACAUUCAUUCUACUAAACAAGACAGACUACAAGAUAACGAUUAUAAAGUCAAAGAUAGUUCUCAUACACCAGUUAAAGAGCAAGGAAUUAAAAAUACAGCAACUAAACAAAAUGGUGAGUUGACAUCGUCUGAUAAUACAGAGACAGUGGAGGAUGUCCUGAGUGACGAUGAGGGAUGUAUUACUCCACCUACCUCACCUGUUACCAUAGAAACAGAGAUUCCAUCACAUGACAUCAGUGUUCCUCUCAGGUCAAGGUUACAGCAUCUGAACCGGGAGACCUCCACCCACACAAUGGUUAAUGGUGAUUCAGACACCACAGACAGUAGGCAUCAGAACUUCCACCAGAAUGGACAGUCGGACUUGAAGCUUGAUUUGAGUGCUAUUACUGGGUCAGACUCCUCCCAGCCUAUCACAAACUUCAACAAUGAUCAGAUCAAACAGAAGCUGGAUAAACUUCAUAAAGAGAGGGUCCAGAUCAUUGAACUACUAUCCUUGAACUAUCUACCUGCUAGUUUUACUGUGGAGCUGUUGGAAGCCAAGCUGAACUACUGCAUAGGCCAGACAGACCUCCUGCUGAAGUCGCUAGAUGAGCACUGGGAUAGUGAUGAUGAAAGACAAAGGACUAUCCACCAUCCACACAUCACCAGGGAGUACCUCAGUAUGUACAGGGAUGAGCUUCAGCAGUCCAAAUCCGACAUUGAGAUUUGUCGGGAGAGAAUGACCAGAAAGCAAGGUACAGGGCGAGGAAGGACCAAGGGAAGGAACAGAGAUGUAUUGAAGUUGAGGAGGAAUGCUGAAAUAGAGGCUUUUAAAGUUGAGAGGAUGUUAGAGCUUCAAAACUACCAAAGAUCAAGAACUCUCCAUAACCUAAACAAUUCUGUGCAUGAAUCUCUGCCAGACAGAGGCUCCCGAAGUGUUAGCCCUACUUCAUCUGUCCAUUCCUCAUCUCAGUACAUGACUCCAAAACAACACAAGGACCACCUUGUCGGUCUUCGUAAAGAACUGGUCAAACACACAGAGGACAAAGAGUUCUUGAGCAGAGUGAGCAGGUCCAGUUCUCCUCUACAUCACAGGACCAGCUCCCAUCCCAGUCGACUUCUUCACCACGACUACCUCUCCCCACGGUCAGCAAGCACUCAGGACAGACUCUACGACCGAGAGUCCUGUGACAAUGACUACUACUCAGUGUACUCUCCCAGGGACAACCACCUCUCUCCCAGAAACUCGUACCAUAACAGACAUCUUGCCUACUCUCCCAGAAUAGCAUUCUCCGUGGCAGACGAGCUACCAUCUUGCAUGGACUAUGGCUACAGCACUUAUCUGGUUCCCCCACAGGGUAGAGAUUCCCCCCGGAGCGUGUCCUCUGACACCAAACCCCCAAGCAAUACUCUUAACUCUCCCACUCAGAUGUCCACUGGGUCCAUUUCACCAGAGCCUAGAUACAGACCAAUGAAUGAACAGUCCUAUGACCACAGUCCAGAAACCAGGACCUACUACACUGGUAGCGAGAGUCGACAGCUGUUACAUGAGAUAGAACAAAUCCGUCUCCAGAAUCGGUCGGAGAUACGUAGGGCUCAACACAUACUGGACUCCUACAGCAAAAAACCAUCAAGUGUCAGGGAGGCCCACCUGAGUGCAGACCGCCUUAGUUCCACCCCAAGACGUCUCUAUUCUUCAUACAGUGACUAUGCCUCAGACUUGCUGGAUGCUAGUCAUCGCAGUAUGUCUGGCACGCUGUCAGGAAGCUAUGAACUUUACGAUGCGGAAGUCAGCGGCCUAACUUCCCGUUACAGACCUCAGAGUCAUGCGUCAGUGAUUUCUGACAUUGAGGGAUUCGAUCCACUCAGAACACGACCCAUUCAGUCCAGGGAUAUCAAAGCAAAGCUGAAGCGCAGACACACAACUCGACGGUGACACGGCUCAGGAACAAUGGAGGAAGCGACGUAUCUGUGAUAUUUAUAUUGGUGCCAAAGACUUUUAUCAGUUUCAUAUCAUUGUUUAAUUUAUAUCGUUGUUUGAUUGCAUGGAUAGUUUGAAGAUGUGUGGAUGAGCAAACAAGGCUGUUAAAUACAAAGCUGAAGGAGCCAAACUAUCAGAAUAUUAGAUGGAGACAAAGAAGAUAAUUGUAAAAGGAAUGGAGCUUCAGAUUUCUCAAUGAUUUUCUAUUUAACAUAAUUAUGAUUCAAUGUAUGCAUACCGAUAGGGACGAUGCAUUGUGAUAUUGUGAUACUUGGAUAUAAUGGUGCUAUCUGUACUGUUAGGUUAAAGAUGUUGUUAAUUGGGGUUCUAAUUUUGCUUUUACAUGCAAAAUGUGAUUGAUAUUUGAAUGUUUUGAUAAUCAUACCCAGGCUCUGUUUUUAUGGUUCUGAUUAUUCACUUUAAUUAUGAUAUUUAUGAAUCUCCGUGUGUGUGAAUAUCUUUUGUUUAUUUUAUAAAUAUACAAGUUUUAGAAGUUAGUGUAAGAUUGUGUUGAGAGAUAAGAGCAAGACAUUUUUUAAUUGUUUUAUCUCUGAUGAUUCCUUCCAUAAAUCUUGUAUCUAGUCAAAUUAUUCUGUGGUAACUUUUCCAUUAAGUUUAUAGUAUAUUAAAAUUGUAACCAAUUUUCUGAAAGCCUUUUGAGGCCAUGUGAUUUUAAAUGUGAUACAAAUUAUGUGUGCGAGAAAUUCUUUUUGUAGGCUCCAUAUCAAUUAUAUGUAAAUGAUAUUGAAAAUCAUGGCAAGCAUAUUUAUUUCUCUGUCUCGGCUGUCUAAGGCAGCUCGGCAAGCCGUCCAUGCAAACCUUAAGUCUCAUGCAAUGUGUAAUUAAUAGUUUUGCUAGGGCAUUUUAUUCAUUAUUUAUUGUUCACGCAUGUAAUAAUAAAUUUACAGGCAUACAUAGAAAUGUGAAAAUUUAAUAGCAUUUCUUCCAAAGAUAGAAUAUUAUUAUUUGUUAUGGAAUAAGAUUUCAUUUUUGUGUCCAUUUACAUCUGCAUGUAUAUUGUUAUUUAAAAUGUAUUUCAAUUUUACUGGGUUAAAAAACAUCACACUUUGGAUUGGUUUAUUUUGGUGCAAGAUACCAGUAUGACAAAAGAAAUCUCAUAGAAAAAAUUAAUAAUAAUGUCAUUCUCUGCAUGAGAAUUAUUGUGCACAUUCUCUUUAUUAUAAAGUGUUCGUUGAUAUGUUGUACUGUGUGCAAGUUUUAGAAUUCUGUUGAUAAGCCUAGUGGGAUGUUUUCUCAGUCUUUAACUGUAGAGAGCAGUGGGUAUAUAUACGAUUCUAUCAAAAUAUUAUAUGUAUUCUCAUGACACCAUCAAACAAACUUCACCCAAAUAUUUUGUGUGAAAAAAAUAUAGAUUUAAAGUAUUAAAAGAUAUGAAAAGCUUA